AUGUAUUCAAGUUAUCAGAUAGUAAUUGAAAAUGAACCUGAAUGUGUGAAUUUAUAAGACAUACCUAUACUGUAUGUGAAUUCAAUAGCUUUAUAAUUUAAGGAUGAAUAAAUGACAGAGUUUAAAGUUAUAGAAUUUGCAUUGAUAAUAUUCUCAAUGUUGAUUAGCAUGAUUUGUGGUGCACGUUACUUGAUGUGAGCAUGAAAUUAGUUAAUGUUAGUGUUUCGAUGACUUACAUGUGUUAGACAACAAUCAGCAUAUUGGCACUCCUUUCAUUGAUGUUAAUGAUAAUCCCUUCAAUAACUCUAUGUUCUAAGACAUUCAAAAUGAGUUUGCAUAUGUAGAGAAUAGCAUAAUUGUUAUAUUUAUCCUUAUUAAUCUUGGGAUUAAUAGUAUUUUUUUUUUUCAAACUCAAACUUAUUAAGAAUGUAGAUUAUAAGGAAAAGUGAUUGUGGAAUAAGUAGGAACAUUGAGAUUACUUAUAGAAAUUCUUUGUUGUCUAAUGAAUCUAAUAUAUGUAAGUUACUUACAUUAUGUUACUGUUUAAUAUUGCAAUAAGGAGUAGCCAAUCAGAAUGUAAAUAGUACAAAAGAUUAUGAAUACAAUAGUACCAAUAAUUUGA